CAGGCCUCCCCCGCCCCCCCCACGCGCCAGCCGCGACCUGGUUCCACAGGGCGCCGGCGCAGUAGAGCGACGGUAGCGGCGGCGCAGGCGCAGUCGCGUAUCCUCGUCUCUCUCCGCGUCGAGAUGGCUGGAAUCUUCAAAAUUAGGACUAGACUCCACUUGCUACCUUCCUUUGGGCAAUCUCUACCAAGGGAGUUAUCAACAAGAUUGUGGAAAAAAGAAGAUAAGUGCCUACCCCAUUGCUUUGGGACCCAUAUGUUCUUACAGCCACAGAGAUGGCAACCUGACAAUGCUUAUUUUUAUCCUGGGACAGGGCUGGCACCAUACAGAUGUGCUGGCAGCUUAACCUCCACCAACAGAGUCUUGGAAAAGUCAAUGACUGAGAACAAAGAACAGUUCAAACUGGUCUACAAGUUUCCAGGAAUUAAAUAUUGUAGAAUAUUUUCAAGAAUGAAGUUGCUACAGACUGCUCUAACCGUAGUCAUCCUCCCACCUGUCUAUCAUCUCUAUCUGCAGGAACAAGUUUCUCAGGGUUUUGUAUUGUAUGUCACUGGCACUGCUUGCUUUGCUGCUGCAAUGCUGUAUGGUAUAAGUUAUUUUCUCAGACGAAUGAUUGGACUGAUGUACUUAAAUGAAGCUGGCACCAUGGUAAAAGUGGCACACUUGACAUUUUGGGGAAGAAAGAAAGAAAUUUAUUGUCCAGUUGAAAGUGUGAUGACCUUGGGUGACACUGGAGCUGCCAAGAAUGAAGUACUGCUCCAGUUUAAACAGCAUAAUAGUACACAGGUUUUAUAUUUUACUCUAAAGUUUGGCCAUAUUGUGGAUAAACAGAGGUUUGCCCAAAUUUUUGGAGUAUUGUAGUAACUCAUUAAAUGCAAUGACCAACAUUUUCCAAGAGUCUAGCUUGUUUAAUGUUUUCUAUUGCUCUUCAUGCUGAAUUCAUCACCUCCAUAGCUUAAUAGAUUUGUAAGCACUCAAAUACAAAACCUCUAUGAGCAAAUAUGCACACCUGUGUUUGGAUAAAGGGGAUACAGUGAUGUAGCAACCCACUAGAUAGACGUUCCUGUACAACUAGUUUCAGAUGAAAGCGGAAUCUCAUUCUACAGACACAACCAUUAUGUAAAGAAAUAUAGUUUAAUACUCAAGUCUGAUGGUAACUUACACACUUGAAAUCUUAAAAAAUGUUUCACCUUAAUGUGCAGUUGCAGUCAAAUGUGGUGGUGGUUUUUUUGUGUGGCUCUCAGCUUGGCUUUCCAACUGGAGGAUGGUAUAUUAUUAAAAAUAUUUAUUGGUAAAACUGAGUAAAUAUAAUUUGCUAUCAGAGAUACAACUGUAGCAGCCCACAGUGCCAUUUUUACAGUCUCUUGUGAGACUGCACUUUCAAUUUAUAUCAAGUUUUGAUCAGGAAAGUCUUACUAAUAUUUCAUGUUAAUAUAAAUAAGUUAUUAAAACGGUAUCCUGGUACAAGGAUUUGCAAAGAUAUUGUAUGGGGAUGUGGUGGAAUUGCUUGCUCAGUCCCUUGACUUCUGGGCUGGCACCAGCUGGGAAGUGUGCCACUCGCUUUUUUCUUUAACAGUUCUUCUGUCAGAUCAAAACGUGUUAAUGGGAUCCUGAGUGAACUGUGUCCAUUGUU